AAAGCUAAGCAGAAGGUAAACUUAGAUAGACAUUGGAAAUUUAUACAUUUCAUGAUGGAUAAACAUGAUGCACAUAUUAAGAGUAGUUCUAAUUGACAUACCAAGGAUCACUGUAUCAAGAUUUGACUAUCCACUCGAAGAUAAUCUGGCCGAGCAAAGAAUUUAUAAUUGCGAAUCUUGUAAUAAGUCUUAUAACAGAGAAGGCAACUUACGUAGGCAUAUCAAGUUUGAAUGCGGGAAAGAACCAAAAUUCCAAUGUUCUUUUUGUUUGUACAAAUUUAAACGAAAGGAACACUUAAAAAAACAUUGCAAAAGUGUUGAAGUUAAUGGAAAGAUUAUUGAAACAUGUAAAAGUGCUUACAGGUACAAUUGAUGAAUCUUCACAAAGACAUGGUUGUCCUGACUGUGGAAAAUCCUACAAACAUAGACCUAAUUUACGUCGACACAUUAGAUUUGAGUGUUGCAAUAAGCAAG